AUGGAGGAUAUCUGGCACGACGUGCUAUUGUGGAUGUGCACGUUUUGUGGUCUUUGUGUUAUGCUGUAUAUUUGUACCGUAAGGGCAAAUCGUAAGCUGUGGAAAGGACGACUUGGUCAAAACCUGAGUCCGAAGCCCAAUCCUGCAGGUAACCUGCCAAUAUCGGUGUACAUAAUUCAACCUCCAGAUACGAAGCUAGCGCCCUGCGUGGUACAUUUAAAUUACGACGCUUUGCUGUUGAAGGACACGAAAAUUCGGGAAGGACAACAACUUCGACUAGACAAUUCCUUUCUGCACGGCAGUACCCAUUGUUUGGUAUGA